AAUAACAAGGCAAGAGAACAUCAGGGACGUAGCGGUUGGAACAGGACUUUAGGGUUAAACCCAACUGCCCCCCAAAUUCUGCAUCCUCGUCGAUGCCUCUGUUAAUAACAAUCUCUAGCUUUUAGAGAGCCGUUGCAUUGGUGGAUCUCACAGCGCCUUGCAGAGAAGGCCAGUAUCAUCAGCCGUGUUUUACAGAUGGGGGGAUGGAAGGGAAGGGACUUGCCCAAAAUCAAGCCAAGACUAGAACCACCUCCAGUCCUCUGUCCACUACCCCACGCUGCCUUUCAAGGGAGCCAUUUCCACAGCUCGAUAGAGGAUGGCUCUGUGGCUUUGGACCUUCCACUGCCAUCACAGACGGGGGAGGCUGCUUCUGUCUCCCUUGCCUCCAGGCCCCUAGCUGCCCGGGACAUGCCUUCGGGAUGCAGCUGGAGAUGCAUGGUGACUAGCUGCAGCAAUAAAUCCUCAGUAAUUGCAACAGGCUUUUCCCACAGCUUACAGCCCGGAGGCUUUUAAUGAUAAAGCCUCAGUUUUGACUUUUCAUCUGAGACAGCUGAGAUUGGUUUUACACUCUUGUACCCCCAGACUCCUCCUGGUGACCUAUCGUGGUGUUUCACCACUCUCCACCCUUCCCCAAGAACUCCUUGUCCCCGCUUCUGAGAGCCUUGACCUGGCGGCAUCCUCCCAGAUGAUUGUAGCGCUCUAGGGGCUGCUUCUCUUUCUGCUGCACAAAAAGUUACAGGGCCCCUGACCUGUUGAGGACUAUGGCCAGAAGUCAAGAUGCUGCAUUCCCUGCUGGCUGCUGUGCCACAGUGAAGGCUGCAAUCUGCUGUGGGUCUGCAUAUCAAGGGGGGUGGUCCUCUGUAAGGGCGCAGCAGUAGUUACUGAGCAGGAGUACCUGGGCAGGGAGCAGCUGAUUCCCCUGUAAAGGGUGGCAGGAAGCUGGGGAGGGAAAUGCUCUGGGAAAGAGGGACUGGAGAGUGCUGAAGGUGAGUAGGGUCCAGCAGGGAACUGUGAAUUUUCAGAGAAAAGGCUCAGAGUGGGGAGGCCCCCACAAGGGCUAGGAACGUGGAAUUGAUUGGGGGCCGAGAACUCAUUGUAACUGUUUUGUUACAUUAAGAAAUCCAGCCCUGGGAGGGAUGUUGCUGAACUUGCAGAAAGUUUGCUUUGGUAAUGUAAUGGAGAAAGCCUUAACAAGUGGGGAAACUGAGGCAGGGUUGCUCCAGCAUGACCUCAGGCCCCGAGGGGGCGCUCAGGAGGCAGCCGGCCUGAUGACAGGGGUGCUUGGGCUCCCAUAUGGGCACCAGUGCUGCUUCAGUUUGAGAGUUGUGCCCAAAGCAAGCUGAGAUCCUCUCGGUCAGGGUGUAAGAGUCACCAGGGGAAGAGGGAUGAAUUCUGCUCUAAUGGUGCUCGGUGGGCUGAGGUGUACAUUUGGGACUGUAACAUCUCCCCCAUGUCGAGGGUGUCUUGUUCCAGGCAGGUGUUGCUGUACCUGUGAUUCGGGGUUGGAAGGUUUUCUCUGCAUCUGUAAGGGCUACGAACUAGCUUUGCAUUAUAAAGAAAGCUCAGAUGGUGACGAAUUGGACCGUGCCACGUGGACGGGGCCUCGUAAAGACGUAAUCUGGGCCAGAUCCAGCCUGUGGGUCGUAUGAUUGCCACCUCGGCCCUUCAUCUGGGUUGCCCCCUUGUGCUGAGCUUUUGCAUGGGCCCCCCAUGGCUCAGGCUUUCGCUUUUUGUUUUAUCAGCAGGUUUGUUUCUGGCUGGCUGAGCCGAUGCCAUUGAAAGCAGCCGCGUGACUCCUCCGGCCCCACCAUGCCCUUUUCCGACUUUGUCUUAGCGCUGAAGGACAAUCCCUACUUCGGGGCUGGCUUUGGCCUGGUAGGGGUGGGCACGGCUCUGGCUUUGGCUCGGAAGGGGGCCCAGUUUGGGGUGGUUGCUUUUCGCCGACACUACAUGAUCACCUUGGAGGUGCCCAGCAAGGACAAGAGCUACCAGUGGCUGCUGAGUUGGAUCUCGCACUAUGCCAAACACACUCAGCACCUGAGUGUGGAGACCUCGUACCUGCAACACGAGAGCGGGCGCAUAAGCACGAAAUUCGACUUUAUCCCCAGCCCUGGGAACCACUUCAUCUGGUAUCGGAGGAAGUGGAUCCGCAUUGAGCGGAACCGAGAGAAGCAAAUGAUCGACCUGCACACAGGGACCCCCUGGGAAUCAGUGACGUUCACAGCCCUGGGCACCAAGAGGGAGAUCUUCUUCAACAUCCUCCAGGAAGCCAGGGAACUGGCUCUGAGGCAGCAGGAGGGGAAGACAGUCAUGUACACGGCCAUGGGUGCCGAAUGGCGGCCGUUUGGGUUCCCGCGUCGCCGUCGGCCGCUCGCCUCCGUGGUGCUGGAGAAGGGGAUCUCGGAGAAGAUCGUGCAGGAUGUAAAGGAGUUCAUCGAUAACCCCACGUGGUACAGUGAGAGAGGAAUCCCGUACAGGAGGGGAUAUUUGCUUUAUGGGCCCCCGGGCUGCGGGAAAAGCAGCUUCAUCACGGCCCUGGCCGGGGAGCUGGAGUACGGCAUCUGCCUGCUGAGCCUGAGCGACCGCAGCCUCUCCGAUGAUCGCCUCAACCAUCUCCUCAGCGUGGCGCCGCAGCAGAGCAUCAUCCUCCUGGAGGACGUGGACGCGGCCUUCGUCAGCCGGGACCUCGCUGCGGAGAACCCAACUGCCUACCAGGGCAUGGGACGGCUGACCUUCAGCGGCCUCCUCAACGCGCUGGAUGGCGUCGCCUCCACGGAGGCCAGGAUCGUCUUCAUGACCACCAACCACGUUGACCGGUUGGACCCAGCCCUGGUACGCCCUGGCCGGGUGGAUCUGAAGCAGUUCGUGGGACCCUGCUCCCACUGGCAGAUUUCCCGCAUGUUCCAGCGCUUCUACCCAGACCAGCCAGCGGCUGCUGGGGAAAAGUUUGCAGAGCAGGCCCUGCGCGUCUCGGAGCAGAUCAGCGCCGCCCAGGUGCAGGGCCACUUCAUGCUGUAUAAAGCAGACCCAGCCGGGGCCAUUGAAAACGUGCAGUCGAUUUCACUGUGACCGAGGGCGGGUGCCCUCACAGGGGAGGGGCUUGCAGUGCCACUGCUGGGAGUGACUCAUGGAGGACUUGAUAACCGUGAGGAUGCUGCUCUGUGACAGUCCCAUGGAGCCGCUCGCUCUUUGUUUCACUACCUCAACAAGGCCUUGGGUUUCUAUUAAAAUACAAAAAGAACUAGGACACCCUGAAUCCCACGGUAGCAGUGCACUGUCCAGCGUGAUCGCUCCUCCCCAGACGCAGCUGCUAGUGCGCAGGACCCAGCUGUGCUUGAAAUGCCAGGACAUUCUGAGCCUGCUAAUCACAUGGCCAUAACCCACCCCCACAUGGCUCUCAACCCACUGUGCCCCUGUGGGGGUAAGUGAAAGCCUGAGUGAAGAGGUAAUAGAGACGGAAGCUCGAGGUGAUGCCUGGCUCGGCUCUGGAGCAUAAUAUCUGCCAGCUGCUUUUGAAUGUUCUGUGUAAAUACAGCCCGGUGUGAAGUAGGGUGACGGGGCUACCAA